GAUGACAACACUGCACCCUUUACCGUUAGAAUGCCGCGUGCUUUUGGAACUUGUUAGAAUAUCAGCCUUGCCUCAGUUCCUUGGUAGUUUGCUUUUUAAACCUGAACCAGAUAGAAAUAGACCAAACAAAAUGUACACAGCCGUGAAGCCGCUUUCUAAGUACUUGCAAUUCAAGUCUGUGCACAUCUACGACGCUGUCUUCACACUGCAUUCGAAAUGCACAGUGGCGCUACUUUUGGCGUGCACUUUUCUGCUCUCCUCCAAACAAUAUUUUGGCGAUCCGAUACAGUGCAUGCACCACGACGACCUGAACUACUUUCAUGCCUAUUGCUGGAUUUACGGGGCCUAUGUGUCCAACGCAUCAGAGCCUCAAUCCCUGUACGAUGGCAUGCAAUGCAAGCCGGAACUGGUGGGUCGCUCAGUGCUCCGUGAGAAUCGACGCUAUAUUCGCUACUACCAGUGGGUGGUGCUCGUGCUGCUCAUAGAGUCUUUUGUUUUCUACUUGCCCGCCUAUCUCUGGAAGAUUUGGGAGGGCGGCCGACUCAAGCACCUCUGUGCCGACUUCCAUCAGGCGGUUGUGUGCAAGGCCAAGAGCAAGGCCCAUCUGGGGAACCUGGUGAGCUACUUCAACAGCGAUUACAAGGAGACCCAUUUUCGCUACUUUGCUAGCUAUGUGCUCUGCGAGAUCCUUAAUCUGACGAUCAGUAUCGUAAACAUUCUCCUGCUGGACGUAUUUUUUGGUGGCUUCUGGGAACGCUACCUAAAUGCCCUGGCGGCCCUAUACUCAGGUGACCUGGAAAAAUGGAACAGCAUUACCACUAGCGUGUUUCCCAAGUGCGUCAAGUGCGAGGUGAUCAGUACUGGAGCCGGCGGCUCGGACAAUGUCUACGAUAAUCUUUGCCUUCUGCCGCUCAACAUGCUGAACGAAAAGAUCUUUGGCUUCCUAUGCAUUUGGUUUCUGCUGAUGACUGUGCUGGUGGGCCUGAAGUUUAUCUACCGCCUAGCCACCGUGCUGCAUCCGGGGAUUCGCUUUCAUUUGAUGCGAGCCAGGGGUCGCUUCAUGCCCAAAUCCCGACUGGAGGAAACAUUGCGCAACUGCAGCAUUGGCGACUGGUUUGUUUUGAUGCGCGUGGGCAACAACAUCAGCCCCGAAAUAUUCCGUAAACUACUGGAGAAGCUCUACGAGGAACAGGGGAACAUAAAGAAAGACUCUUCUCUGGCCGAAGACGUCUAAUUAUUUAACUAUAUUACACAAUUAACUAUUUUUCAACUUAUCACACUUCCUUAUCUGGAUCUACACUGAAGUAAGCUAGUUUAGUUUUGUAUCUACUUCCUAAAUCAUCGUCAUACUUCCUGAUUCGGAGUAUAGGAUACCUUGACCAGAGAACCCUUAAAUUUAUCAUUAUUUUCAUAAAUUGUCCUUAAUCGAUAUGUAGACAUUAUCGACGAAAUUGUUAAGAAUAUGGAACUUGAGCGAAAUAUAAAUUUUCAGUUUUUUGUAA